AUGGAUCUCAACCUCCACAGUGAGAUGAGGCUGAAGAGGUCGACUCCUGCCGCGAACACGAAAAGUCGGCCAAAAAAGGGACCGGCUACUCUCUCGUCCAAGGAAACGGAAGAUGAGCGAGGCCAGAAACGAACGAUCUCGCCCGAGGAGAGGAAACGCCAGCAGCGUGUCUUAGAUGUGUUCAGGCACGCAUUUAGCGAGGUCCUUUCCUCGCCGAGCUUCACCGACACGUUGCAAUCCGUGAAACAAGCGCUGUACGAUCGGGACUUUGCAAGAGCAUUUGGCAACCCGGAGUACCUGGAAGUGUAUGCGGCCCGAUGGAGUCCGACGCGGGCUCUGUGCUAUGCUUCUGUGUUGGAGAGAAUCAGGGACCAUCUGCAAUCGCUAUCAUGCCCCGCUCCGAACAAUACCGUGCAAAAUCAGGAAGUUCACCAAGACGGCGACGGCGAGGGCGAACCUCUCGCCCACGACCUGCUCACCCCCCGCCAACUCAACAUUUUCUCCAUCGGUGGCGGAGCAGCGGAGCUCGUCGCUCUCGGAGCCUUCCUCAGCCAUCAGCCUUCCUCCUCCUCCUCCUCCUCCUCCCCUCCCUUGUCAGGCGCCAUCACUCUCCUCGAUUCCGGCCCCUGGGAAGCCGUCGUCACCAAGCUCACCGAGGCACUCACCACUCCCCCGCCCAUAUCCAAGUACGCCAGCGAAGCGGCCAGACUCGCCAACGCCGCCAUGGUCCCUCCCUCGCGGUUUGCCGCGUCCGUCCUCCGGCAGGACGUCCUCGCCCUCGACAGGAGCUCCCUCCCCGCCGUGCUCGGCGCGGCCCCGCUCCUGGUCACCCUCCUCUUCACCCUCAACGAGCUCUUCACGGCGGGCGGCCUGCGCCGGACCACGACCUUGCUGCUCAACCUGACCGCCGCCGUCCCCGUGGGCUCCCUGCUGCUCGUCGUCGACAGCCCCGGCAGCUACUCGGAGGCCGCCGUCGGCAAGGAGGCCAAGCGGUACCCGAUGCACUGGCUGCUCGACAGGGUCCUGCUCGCCACCCGGGACGAGCCGGUCGGCGGGCGGCGCUGGGCCAAGCUCGAGUCGCACGAGUCGCUUUGGUUCCGCCUGGCCGGCGAGCAAGGGGGCGGGCUGGACUACCCCAUUGCCCUGGAGAAUAUGCGGUAUCAGAUGCACCUCUACAGGGCAGAGGAUGCAAACCAGGACGAGGACGAGGAGGAGGAGGAGGAGGAGGAGCGUGACGGUGACAAAAACGAUGAUUGAGGCGGGGUGUUCUUGGUUCUAUUCUUCCGAGCUCGAUAGGUCGAUCUCGACCCAUGCAGACCAAAAAGGAGAGAGAGAC